CGGGCCCACGAAAGACAGAAAAGGAAGCUUCGAGAAGAUGCCACUCCUCCCCACCCCACUUCGUGCCCUCUUCUCCACCCCAACAGCCGCCGCCGCCGCAGGGCCGCCCCAUCUCCUCGUCCACCGCCGCUCGUCGCUCGCCGGAGCUCUGCUCUUCCUCAGCCUUGGCGCUGUCGCGGGGUGUGCAUUCUCUCACCGCCGCCUGACCUUCCUCCGGGUCAGAAGCCUCAGCUCUGUUCGAAUGGAGUCUACUUCCACCACCGUGCCUUCCAUUGUUGUGUAUGUGACGGUUCCAAAUAGGGAGGCAGGCAAGAAGCUAGCUGGAAGCAUUAUUAGUGAGAAGCUUGCUGCUUGUGUGAACAUAGUGCCUGGCAUUGAAUCCGUUUACUGGUGGGAGGGAAAGGUGCAAAGUGAUGGUGAAGAAUUGCUAAUCAUCAAAACAAGGGAAUCUCUUCUAGAUGCCUUGACUGAACAUGUGAAAGCCAAUCAUGAGUAUGAUGUUCCUGAAGUCAUCGCACUGCCCAUAAAAGGAGGCAACCUGAAGUACCUGGAGUGGCUCAAGAACAGCACUAGAGAAAACUGAUGUCUGCCGUAGCUUGCUCUUCAAUGGAUCUCAACGUGCCUGGCAAUAGAGUGAGUAAUAAGUUCCAGAGGUUGCGCUUGUGUAGUAAGAUGUGCAAGAUUCGAUGAAUUUGUCAAAUCUUCAUCGCCUCCUGUGUUGAAUAAAUUGAGUGGCGACUAUGGGAGAGAGCUUUGUACAUGAAAUCUUCUCAUUUGUGUUUGUGGGACUCAACUUUCAGCACCAUUCCAUGACCUUUUAAUGGUUCUACGUAACAGUCUGAUUCUCACAUUGUUCAAGGAAAGUUGCAUCAGAAUAAAACUACUUUUUCUGUCA